UCCUCCGGCUCGGUAGGUGGCGAUGAAGCGCAGAAACGUGUUUCUAACCCUUCCGCCAAAUAAGAGCUUGAGCGACUGCGCAUGCGCGGAAGUCAGUCAACCAAAAUGGCGGCGAGUAACGGAGGAGGAAUGGAGGUGGAUGCGACAGUGGGCCCCCAGUGUGAUGGCGUCUGGAGUCACAGGCAGUGUGUCUGUAGCGCUGCAUCCGCUCGUGAUUCUGAAUAUCUCCGAUCACUGGAUCCGGAUCCGCUCGCAGGAGGGACGAGCCAUGCAGGUCGUCGGCGCUCUGAUCGGAAAACAGGAGGGCAGGAACAUCGAGGUGAUGAACUCAUUUGAGCUGCUGUUUCACACCGUAGAGGAUCAGAUCCACAUCGAUAAAGAGUAUUACUACACUAAAGAAGAGCAGUUCAAGCAGGUUUUUAAGGACAUGGAGUUUCUGGGCUGGUAUACGACUGGCGGCACUCCGGACCAAUCAGAUAUCCACAUUCAUAAGCAGGUGUGUGAGAUCAUCGAGACACUGUUCCUGAAGCUCAACCCCAUGACCAAACACACCGAUCUGCCGGUCAGCGUGUAUGAAUCUGUGAUUGACAUCAUCAGCGGAGAGGCGACUAUGCUGUUUGCUGAGCUGCCGUAUACACUAGCGACAGAAGAAGCAGAGCGCAUCGGAGUCGAUCACGUUGCACGGAUGAUGGCCAUCGGGACAGGAGAGAACUCCACCGUGGCGGAGCAUCUGAUCGCUCAGCACAGCGCUAUAAAGAUGCUGCACAGUCGCGUGAAGGUCAUUCUGGAGUACGUCAAAGCAGUGCAAGCAGGUGAGGUCCCGUUCAAUCAUGAGAUCCUGCGGGAGGCGAACGCUCUCUGUCACCGUCUGCCGGUUCUCAACACGCUCAAGUUCAAGACGGACUUCUAUGACCAAUGUAAUGACGUGGGUCUGAUGGCGUAUCUGGGAACCAUCACCAAAACCUGCAACAGCAUGAACCAGUUCAUCAACAAGUUCAACGUCCUGUACGACAGGCAGGGCAUCGGCCGGCGCAUGAGGGGCCUGUUCUUCUGAAACAUGAGCACAUCAGUCCUGCUUCUGGCUCUCGCAUCUCAGUCUCGGUUCUUUCUGACCGUUAUCCCUGUUAAUGCCUGUUUAACUUUACUGUUGCAUGUAAAGAUAUCACACACAGCCCUUCUGUACCAAAGUCAGGUUUAUUUCUAUAGCGCUUUAUAAUUUACUGAUUCCUGUUUAUUACUGUCAAACUAUAAUUCAACUUCAUCUAUAAAACACAUAAUACAGUAACAUUCAGUUUUCUGCUCAAGUUAAGUAUUAUUCAUUUUUUUCUUAGAACUUUAUUUCAAGAGGUUGAAAUAAAAUCACAACUUUUCUCACACCAAA